AACCAGAGCGCCCAGAGCCAGACUCUGGGCGCCAUCAUCCCCUUUGCCGUCUUAUCCAUUCUCGCCGUUGUUCUCCGUUUGCUGGCCAAAUCUCUGACCCGGCUGCGAUUUGGCCUGGAUGACUAUUUAAUAAUCGUGGGAUUGGCCUGCUCGCUGGGUUGCUUCAGUCUUUCCACCAUCAUGGUUGCAUUGGGAUCGGGUCGUCAUCUGGCGGUCGUGCCCACAGGGAACAUCCCCAAGUACCUCAAGUGCAUGUAUGCCUACCAGAUGAUCUACACCGCGACCAUCCUCUCCGUCAAACUGUCCAUCCUCACCUACUACGUCCGCAUCUUCCAAAUCCGCCCCUUCCGCAUCGCCGUCUAUGUCGUCGGCAGUCUGGUCGUCGCCUGGGCCGUCAUUGUGUGGUUCAUUUCCAUUUUCUCCUGCCGCCCGCUGAACGGCUUCUGGGACAAGUCGGUGCCGGCCACCUGCGUCAGCAGCAAGGCCUUCUACGUCGGAAACGCGGUCCCCAACAUCUGCACCGAUGUGAUGAUCUUGAUCCUGCCCCUGCGCAUGGUCUGGGGGCUGCAGACCACCCGCAUCCAGAAGGUCACUCUGUCGGCUAUCUUUCUGCUGGGGGGCUUUGUGGUGGUAUGCAGUUGCAUUCGACUAUCGACGCAGUUCAAAGUCGAUGACCCGGAUUUCACCUGGGCCAUGAACGGCACCGUGAUCUGGACCUCGCUGGAGGUCUCCUUUGGCGUCAUCUCCGCCUGCCUGCCCACCAUGCGUCCCAUCGUCCGCUGGGCAAUGCGAAAACUG